AAUACGGUCUAAGUGAUAACUUUAAGUUGUAUUUAUAAAAAUAUUACUAAGUUUGCACUGUCAGAUCAACAAGGAAAUUAGUAUAUUGUGAUUUAUAUUUUUCUCUCUCGGUUUUUGAAAAGAAAAAAAAGAGAUUUAUUUGUGCUGUAUAUUAAAUCAGACCAAGACUAAAAUCCUGUGGGAGCUAGAGAAAACUCGCAAUAUUGAACAAAGAAACUGGUGUUACUGACAAGGAACCUAGAAACAAUAAAAUUAAAAGAAAUGUCUGUCAGGCAUAUUGUAUUUUUCUGCGUGAUCUACACUUUUUCAUCCUUGAAUUGUUACGCAAGUGAUGUGAAGGAAGACUUCGUCAGUGAUCGGGACUGUCCGUUUCUUUGCACAUGCGCUGAGUAUGACGUUAAUUGUACGAACACAAAUGUUUUCCCGGACAGUAUACCGGAAGAAACGAAAAGGUUUUUCCUCAUUAAUUCUACGAUCGAUUUUGUUCCAAUAAAUGCAUUUCUUGAUUUACCGAAACUGAAAGAGAUACAUUUUAUAGACAGCAAAGCUACAAAAUUACGGGCAUGUUCAUUCGCUGAACUGGAAAAUAUGUCCGUGAUUUCGUUUGAAAGGACUAAAAUAGAACAGAUAGAAGGAAAUGCGUUUUCAAAUCUUGUAAACAUUUCAAAUAUCAUAUUUUCUGGCGCAACAAUCGGGGAAUUGUUCUCGUUCUCUUUCCACAACGUAAAAUAUGUGAAGAGACUCGAAUUCUUCCAGGCGACUAUUUCAACAGUUCAUCCACUGGCCUUGUUGACUUUCGAAAACAUCGGUGAAAUAGGUAUAAUGGAUUCUACCGUGCAGAGAUUUCUUAAAAACGGCUUCUCAGGAUUCAGGAAUGUUGAACUCAUAUACAUGACUAAUUCAGAGAUCACAGAAUGGCAAUGCGGAUCAUUAGACACAGUCUUGAAAUCUGGAAUCGAUUUCGACGUAUCGCUAUCAAGGUUUGCUUGUGAUUGCAAACUUGCAUGGCUUUGGACGAAACAUCUGAAUUCUACUAUACUUGAAAAUCGGUCAAAUAAGUGCACAGGAACUGAUACAGCAUUGCCGAGCAUUAACGUCGAUCAAAUAUGCCCUUCAGAAAAAUCACGUGACCAAGGAUGCCCGCCAUUGCUGCCCUCCACGCCUCACACCUGUUCCCGAAAUUUCGAUUCGCCAAUGAAUCCUGUUGAAAAAGUCACGUACCCGAACUUCUUUUCAAGAAUAACCACUUCAUCUACUUCGUCAGUCACAACUGUGAAUUUCAAGAUUUGUUUCAUCAUGCUGUUGAUAACAUGCUACCAUUGUUUGAUUUAGGGAAUACAUUGUGGUUAUGUAGUUACCGUCUAGAUAUAAAAAGCAUUGGGCUCUUUAAAGUAUUUGAGGACAAAAUAAGAUAAGAUUUAUUCAUGAAUAUAUAUGUCAUAGUAAUCACAAAAUAUCACAGGUAGUUAUAAUAAAGGACACAUAGUUAACAAGUUUGGUACAAAUAUUAUCACAUUAUAGGAAAUGGAGCUAAUUUAUAAGUUAAUAAUAUAUAACAAAGGAUAACCCAUUAACGUUUUGCAACUUAUUUCCAAUGGGGAUGAAUAAAAUGCAUUUGGUUGUUCGCGCGCACGUACUAUUAACCAGCCCAAAAUGCUUUAUAUUCAGAUGGUAGCCACACAAUUACAAUAUUAAGUUUUUAUAUCAAUAGUUAUUUUUUUCUAUAUUUCACAAUGAUUUAUUUGUUCAGUGUUGAAUACUUAAAGAAACAGAUCUCGAAACGACAAAUUGUCAACUAGCGGCAGCUGUUUGAAUGGCAAACGUUCUGACGUAGCAUUAAAAUGUUUUCACCGGGAAUCUUCCGAGACGUGUGAAGCUUUUUCCUCAUGGAGUCGUGGUGUAUGUAGACAUUCGUAACCCGUUGAUUGUAUAUAUCAUCUGUAUGUAUCUUCAUCUAAGGAAAUGUAUUUGGAUUGUAAAUAGGUAGUGACUGCAUAUGAUUGGCAUGAUUGCUAUCUGCAUAUUGUGAAACGGGCGACUAACGUUCGUGAAUUUCAUGGUUAGAAACAAAACCUAAUUGUGCCCCCAUGAGUGGUGGGGGCAUAUAGAUUUGAUCUUGUCCGUGCGUCCGUGCGUGCGUCCGUCUGUCCGUCCGAAGUUCGUGACGCGCCUAGCUCAAAAAGUUUUUGCUAUAAAUUGAUGAAACCUUGCAUAAGUCUUUAUCAUGAUAUGAACUUGCGCGACUCCUAUUUUUCGUCCGGCUCUAUUCCAUAUUUCCAGAGUUAUGGCCCCUGAAAUAGUCAAAAAUGCACAUUUUCACCUUGUGACACACCUAGCUCAAAAAGUAUUUGAUAUAGAUUUGUUCAUCAUGGAAUGAUGGGGUGGAAUAUGGAGAAAAAUGUUUGAAAGACCUUUUUCUAUUGGUCACUUUUCAAUAAACCAACGAUCGCCUUGUAAGUUUCAUUGCAUUUCAUCUCCGUCUUCAUAUUUGUAAUGAAAAGAGACGCUGGUAGCGAUGCACUUCCUGUUUUGGGAAAUAUUCGGAGUUUCAGCUAGUUUUCAUAGUUAUCGAAAAACCCGCUAACUGAGACGACCCAACAUAAAAUUAUUGUACUGUGUAUCGAACUUUAAAUUAGUAUUUAAGGUAGAGCAGGGUAAUUAUAUAACGGAACAUUGAUCUGCAAUAUUGUAUUAGGUUCGAGUGAAUUGCGCGUCGUAUGAUUUUGAUGAUUCUUUUAUUAUAUGUAUGUACGUACUUUUAUUGUUAUCUUAGCUGAAAAAACUGACUUAUAUAAGGCAAAUAAGGAUUCUCACCAGUUUAAACGUUGAUCUUUUUCUCCCUUGGAGACUCGAGACGCCAUCAUUAAUCUUUUCUUACGUCACAUUUUACGUCAAGACUAAGAUAGUCCAACCACCGGUUAGAUGGGAGUAGAGUGCAGGGUUUUGUAUUCAUUUGUGUUUCGGACAGAAAAUUUGUAGGUAUACGAUAUGUCAGUUAGGCAGCUAGAUCUUUGAUCUUUUUGCUUAUGUUUUAUUUAGUUUCACGUGUAAGUGGGAACAUUGUCUUUUUGACUGAAGUUACUAUAAUAUCAUCUGUAGAUAAUGAUUUGUUCAUUUUUUCUCACCUUAAAAACAUUACACUUUUAAUAUGUGAUGUUAAUAAUUUUCCCUGUAUAUUGAGUAACAGUAUAACACACUUCAAGUGUGUAAAAUCUACUUAUUAUCAAAAUUAUUAUUACGAGGGAUGUUCAAAUAUGAAUGCAUCUAUGUCAAUAUCUCGCUUUAAACCACGAUUUGCACAAAAUAGGUAGGUACAUGUAUCGCAUAGAGGGCUGUGUAAGCUCUCCAUUGUUACAAAAUAUGUUUAAAUCCGUUCAGUCUAGCUUCAGACAAUAGCUCGGUUAACACUAUCUACUCGUGUACACUAAAGCUAAAAUGGUUGGGAAAAGGUCUCCUUUCACUGACCAAAUACGGUCCUAUAUCAAGAAUCGCUGUAUUAACGGUAUAUAGGCGAAAGACAUAUCUAAUGAAAUAUGUCUUGUUUAUGGGAACAAUGAACUUUCUUUUUCAUCUGUCACUCGAUGGUGUAAGAAAUUUGAAAGUGGUGUUGAUUCAGUAAAAGAUGCGCCUCAUGCACGCCGUCCGAAAACUGCAACUUCGCCAAAAAUAGUUGAAAAAGUAAAGGAUUUGAUUGCUACCGAUGCAAGAUUUACAACUAGGCAUAUAGCUAAAUGCAUUGGUAUUUCAGUAGGAGCUGCUCAAAAAAUUCUCAGGCGUGAUUUAAAAAUGAGAAGGAUAAGUGCCAGAUGGAUACCCCAUCUCCAACUGGCCUAGUUGCAUUCAUAUUUAAACACCCCUCGUAUAUGGAUGUAUUAUAAUAAAAGUGUCAUUAAAACAGCAGCUAGACUGGGACUUUGUAUUCGGCUCCUGUGGAUUUUGCAAGGACGGAUCAUAUUCGGCGCAUGCGCUCCUCGUGAGAUCCGAUCUGACAAAAUCCACACGAGCCGAAUACACCUUCCCAGAUCGAGCUACUGUUAUAAUAACCAUAAUCAUGAUAAUCUUGGAUAUAUGAUAACUAUUACUCAUUUGGGCGAAUCCAAUAUGUAUAUUAAAUCAGACAAAAACCUUCGAUCAACUUAUCAUAUACUAUAUGAAUCAUUGUAAGUAACUUGUCUCAAAAGGGCUUAGAUAAAUACUUCAUUGUGACAAAUCAUAGAAAAUAAUAUGAUAACUUCCUCUCAUAAGUAAAUGUCCAAAUGUAACGAAAAUUGUUUUGACACAACUUCAGGAACUUCUUGUAAAGUCGUCAUAGUCAAAAAAACUAAGUCAGAAGGUUAUAUUAAAGACUAAAUACUUCAACUUUUUUCUCAAGAAGCAAAUGUCAGAAUUUAAUAAUAAUAAUAAUAAUACAAUUAUAAUGAUCGUGUUAUUUUCGGAUAUAUUUUUACAGACGCAUACUAGUAAUUGUUACAAAAUUAAUGUGAUAUUUUACCAUAUUUCUGAUUUACUUUGUACUUUACUACUUUUCUGUGAUUUCGGCAUAACAAGAUCUACUAGCAGUUAACAAAAUACGGUAAUAUUUACAAGUUCAUGCCUAUUUCAAUAAUGCUUGUGUUACUGGAAUGAAUACAAAUUCACUUACGUGAGGUGUUCAGUGUAUAUUACAUAUUAAAUUAAACCAAUAAAUUCAAUGUAAAAGUGAA